AUGGACGAUUUACCUUCACAACAAAUAUAUGCAGAAUUGAAGGGUGCGAAAGACUCCCGUGGUGAUGUAUCCGUAAACGAUGGAAUAGAGAAUUUACUGAGUGCACAGCUGGGUGGUAUGGACAAGGCAAAAUCUGUUCUUGCAGCCUGGUCUUAUGCAUCAAAAAAGAAGGAAGAGCGCGAUGAGGAACUAUAUAAAAAAUAUUGUAAUUUUUUCUAUUAUUGGUUAGAUGAUAUGAUACCUACCAUUACCGGUACUACUCCGUUCUACAGUGUUAUGGAACUUGUAUACACGCAACUGCAGGCUUCAGGUAUUGAAGAUGGAUGCCCCACUAUUAACACCAGCUCUCACAUCACCAAAGACCUCUUCAAACAAAGAAAACUUGUCUUCGAUUAUUAUGAAGACUACCAAACUAUGUACGAUGAAUUACCGAACGAUAAGAAAUGGUGCACCAGCAAAUAUCAGUCAUAUCUACAAGCGGUUCUUUCAGUUUAUAAUGAUGUUCUCGCGAGCUGUGCAAGUGAUCAAACUGAUGACAACAGUGGUGACCCGUGUUGUGUCAAAGUGAAUCAGGAGCCCAAAGAAACGAAGUAUAAAGACCUAUUAGAAAAAGGGUAUACUGCAGCAGCAUUAUCCACAUCGGAAGAUAUGGGAGCUGAAGAUAGCACUAACACCCCUACCACUGCCAUCACUCCUAUCGUAUCUACCAUGGUGCCUAUAUUGGGAGUACCAUUCGCUGCUUUUAUGUUAUAUAAGCUUCAAGAGCAGAUUAUUCUGCAUCAGAAUAUGAUGUACAGUCUACAAGAACAGAAGGAACACGGGGAACACCAAAUAGUAGACUACAACAACAGCAUCCACCACGAAGAAGGGGGCAAAAUCAUCAAAAUGUAG